AUGUCAGAGAAGAAUCAUAAUCAAAACAAGAGAAAGCAAAUGGAGGUUGACACAAAGGUAAAGACACCAGCAGCUGCUGUCGUUCCAACAAAAGCACCAACAGCCAAACCAGCAGCAGCCAAACCAGCAGCAGGAGCAGUAGAUAAAAAGAAAAAGGAUGAUAAUAAGAAGAAAUUCAACAACAAAUACAACAAAUUCAAUGGUCCUAAAAAGUAUAUCAAGAAGAAAAAGACUCCCAAAGCUGCAACAGCAGAUGGAGCAGACAACAACAACAACAACAAGAAAAAUGAACAUAUUGUAAAGAAACAAAAGGUUGCAGAGAUUGUUGAACCAAUCGUCAUUGAACCACCUAAACCUGUUGAACCAAUAGAUGCUGCUAAAAUAGGUUCAAAUUGGGAGUUACUUAAAAAGAAAAGAAAGGUUAAACCACAACAACCAUCACAAGAAGAAAAGAAACCAGAACAAGAACAAUCAUCAUCAUCAUCAACAACAAGAUCUGUACCACCAAAGAAAAAGGAUGAACUUGAUGGAAUUGAAAUAGAUGAAUCUAAAUCAAUAUUUGAUUUAAGAACAACUAUUGAUAAAUCGUAUGUUGUAUAUGAAUGUCAAAGAGGUACAAAAGGUACAAACACACGGAGUACAAAAAGAGUAGCAAUUGAUUGUGAAAUGGUUGAAGUAAUUGAUGAUGAAGGAGCAAGAAAGAGUUCACUUGGAAGUGUUUGUGUGAUCAAUCAAUAUGGAAAUACAAUUUAUAAGAGUUUUGCUAAACCCGAUCGUAGGGUAAGCGAUUUUAGAACGAGAUGGUCGGGAUUGACCAAAGCUAAAAUAGACAGUGCUCCACCUGCUGCACAAGUACAAAAGGCCGUUGCCCAACUACUCCGUGACAAGAUUGUCAUUGGACAUGAUUUGGCCACCGAUCUCAAAGUACUAGAGAUUCACGUCGACCCUAAAUUCCAACGUGACAGUUCAUCGUUUGAUCCAUUAAUGUGUGAUCAAGAGUUACAAGUUAAAAAGAAAAAGGAUAGCCAUUCAGCAGCUCCACAAAAGAAAUUAAAUCUUCAAGAUUUAAUGACCAACGAUGACGAUAAUAACAACAGCGCUGGUGGUGCCAAAGAAAAUGAAUUGGUUACUGUUACUAGACGUAUGCCACAAUCACUCAAAAAGUUGGCAGCCAUUCAUCUUGGAGUACGUAUUCAAAAGGGUCAACACAAUGCCGAAGAAGAUGCACUCACCUCGAUGAUGUUGUACAACAAAUUCAAAAAGCAAUGGGAAGACGAAACAACCAAAAAGUUUUAUCAUCAAAAGAAACCAAAUCAAAUCAAAAAACAAGAACAACAAGAGAAAUAUGAUGAAUAUAAAAGAAACAAAGAAUAUUAUUUCCAAUCUCUUAAAAAAUAA